AUUCGAACAUUUUGCCAACAUCGAGGUAGGUGUAAAAAAAAACGAAAGUAAUGUAACUAAUGACCGGUAAUCAGUGAUGUUUGUAGUGCUGGAAAAGGACAAAACAAUUUGUUAGAAUUAACGACACAAGGGUUAGACAUUUAAAUAUAAUUUUAUUAAUAUAACAUGACACUGACACAUGACAUUGACAUGUUACGACGAUGACUGUCGAAACUGCGAAACUCGAAACUCUCGAAAGAAAAGAAAGAACUUACUUUUUAUUUUUAACAACCUAACAUCAAAGUUUACACAAACAAUAUUAGUAAUGAAUUCUAAGUCUUUGAAAUUCAUAUGAAGUAAUAAAUUAUUAUAAUGGAACUUAGUAAAUCUAAAAAACGGAUUACUUAUAAACCCAGCGGAUGGCGCAUCCAUGAGUUUGAAAUAUGGAGUGGGGACCUUAUAUGUAAAGCUGCUGCAUUACGUGUAGAAGGCUCACUGUUACUGUGGCUCGGGGGCAGUGGCGAAGCACAACUUCAUGAGAUUGCUCUUGGAAUGCCGUCGUUGCAAACACAAGCUGAUACUGCAAAAGCUGCUCUCGUAACUACUCUGUUAGGAGAAGACGGAGCGGCAGCAGCCCUAGCCCGCCGGCUGUCUGCUGCACUCGGACGCCCUGUGUAUGUGUGCAGUGGUUUGGUGUUAGAUCGCUUCAACAUGCCACUUGUUGAACGAGGACUUAUAACGGAAAUUAAGAGCAGACCAGAAUGCUUUUAAUAGACCUUUCUUUUUAUUAUUAUUAAUUACUAAAUGUGUAAGUGAUAAUGUAAGGUAACUGUCUUGUACUGUUAUCAAACUAAGUUAACCUCUGUAGUGGUGUGAUAUAUUUCUACUUUGUGCAUGCAAUUAAAGUAACAGUGUAAAAAAUUAAAUAAAAUUAUUAAUCGAAAAUGUGCAGUACUCCACAAUAAAUAUUGCACAUUUGCUUGGGGUUCAAGUAUGUUUACGGUUUUAAAAUAUCAGUUAAUAGCUUCCGCCUGCAGCUUUGUGUGGUAUGUUUAUAAAAAGCAGCCUCUGUGUUAAUCCAGGGUAUCACCUAUUUGUAUGUAUAAAUUUCCACUAAAUUGGUCCAGCUGUUUUUGCCUGAAAGAAUAACAAACACACAUCCAAACAUUCUCACAAACAUUCACAUUUAUAAUACUAGUAUGAUAGGAGAUAGAUUAAUUUGAUUUGUUUUAAUACUAUUUGUUUAUGUAUUACAUGCUUAAUCUAUUUCAUCAAACCCCAAGCGAAUGCCUGCAUUGACACCUCUAUUGUUCUUCUAUUGUGUCUAGAAGGUCAGUUCUGAAAUUAGUUUUCAUUUUGAACCCUCUUGUAAUUUUUUUUUAUAUGAUAGGUUGGCAAACGAGCGUAAGGAUUACCUAAUGGUAAGCAAUCAGCGCCGCCCAUGGACGCUUACAACAACAGAGGUGUUACAAGUGUGUUGCCGACCUUUUGGGGAUUAGGGAGGGGAGGGAUUGGGCCUCCGGCAACCUCACUCACAUGGGAAAACUCAAUGCUGUGGUUGUUUUACGUCGGUUUUCUGUGAAGCCGUGGUAUCACUGUGACAGAGCCGGCCAAUAUGUGCCGAAGCAUGGCUCUCCCACUCUUGUUUAGACAUAACUUAUUUGUUAAUAAAGAUUUUUUAUAUUUUUUGCUUAAGUUUAGUGGGUCCAUUGUGACCAAGUGAGUUGAGUGAGAGUUCAGUGAUUCAUUUCAUUAAGUAUUUUAAAGCACAACAAUUUAAUGAAGGCCUAGAAUGACCUGAUGGAGCUGAAAUAUAAAAAAUAUUUACAUUAAGAUAUUUUGUCAUUUGUUAGGUCAAAAUUAGAAUUAAGGAAAAGAAUGAACAAAAGACUCCAAUAUUGCUCUUUAAAAACCUGUAUAUAUGUUCUAUAAUCACUUAUAUCAUCCAUCGUCCGUGCCCGGAUAACCUCAGAGACCGUUAGCACUAGAAAGCUGUUUGGUCCCAAUAUGAAAAUGAAUAUCGACCACGCCAACCAUAUCAUGAAC